CACCCUUCAAGACAGCACAGCGCAGCCCAUCCCUGCCCUCAAGGCCAGAUGGCGGAGGCGGCCCACCUGCGUGCGCUGCAGGAAGCAGUCAAGUGCCCUGUCUGUCUCGAUGAUCUGAAGAGCCCUGUGACCCUCGGGUGUGGACAUAACUUUUGUCAUUGCUGCAUCGCGGGGGCCUGGGCUCAGGGGCAGGAAAGCUUCCGCUGCCCUGUCUGUCGCUACCAAUGCAGAGAGAGGUUGCUCACGAGCAACGCGCGGCUGGGCAGGAUGGUGGAUAUGGCCAGGAUGCUCCAGGUCAGGAGCAGGGCCGAGAGUCAGGGAGAGUCACCUUUGUGCAAGACACACAACCUGGCGCUGACCCUCUUCUGUGAGGAGGACCUGGAGCUGUUGUGUCCCCAGUGCCCUCGGCCCCCUGAGUGCGAAGGCCACCGCGUGAGGCCCGUGGCCAAGGCAGCCUCUGAGCACAAGGCCAGGGUCUACGGCUACUUCAAGCCCCUCAAGAGGCAAGUGGCAGAGUUUCAGAAGGUGUUAGCCAUCCAGAACAGAAAGUCAUUAGAAGCGAGAGACAAGGCAAGAAUCAGCAAACUUAACUUACCCCCUGAAGUAACGUACCUGUGCCAGUUCACGCAGGGUAUAUGUCGCAUAGUUUUCUCAAGGGCAAAUGAAGAAUACAGGAAUUACCUCAAACGAAAAUGUGACGACAACGAGACUGCCUUUAUAGAUCACCUUUGCUCACUGAAAUCUCUCGUCAUGGACCUGACUGAGAUGAGGGCGCUGCCAGAGGUGAAGCUGCUGACCAGGGUCCAGGACAUCCUCUGCAAGUGGGACACACUGCAGCUGCCAGUCCAGCACCUGCUGCAGACAAGGACAGCAGGGCUUUCACCUCCCCUGCCUCGUCCAACUCCAUAG